GUGAGAAUGGCGUCGAAGAAGAAGGGUAAAGAAGUCGCCGGAGAGGACUCGUCGUUGUCGGGGAAGAGAAAGCGCAGCGACACUGCCAAGACCGGCCCUCGGCAGAAGAGGAAGAACCCCGCCGUUCUUCAGUUCUUCGAGGAUGCUGCGUUAGAGGUUGACGAUGAUGACGACGACGACAGCGAUCUAUUAUUUGUCGUAGGGGACUUCCUGGAUGAUGAAUUCAAAACAGAGGAUAAAGUCAAGAAUGAACCAGGAAAAGCUCAUCACCUUCCAUUUUUUCUAAAAGAGGAAAACCUUAGUGAGGAAGAACUACAAAAAAUUCUGGAUGAGCGUUACAAACCAGGCUCCAGUUUUGUUACAUAUGCAGAAGAUAAGUGUAAAACAUUGAAUGAAGGAAAUGCAGUCAGGCCAUUGUCUAGUGAUCCAACCAUCUGGAAAGUCAAAUGCAUGGUUGGACGUGAGAGGCGUUCUGUUUUCUGUUUAAUGCAGAAGUAUGUGGACAAGCACUCUCUUGGAACUGAGCUGCAAAUAAUUUCUGCAUUUGCGCUUGAGCAUGUGAGGGGUUUUAUUUAUAUUGAAGCUGAAAGGCAAUUUGAUAUUAAUGAGGCAUGCAAAGGGAUUUGUACUAUAUAUUCAAGCCGACUAGUACCUGUCGCAAAGAAUGAAGUUUCUCGUUCGUUCUGUGUGCGAAGAAAAUACAAUGAAGUUUCAGUGGGCACCUGUGUCCGAGUGAAGAAUGGGAAAUACAAGGGGGACCUCGCACAGGUUAUAGCUGUGAAUGAUGCACGGAAAAAAGCUACAGUAAAGCUAGUCCCCAGAAUUGAUAUGCAUGCAAUGGCUGAAAAUCUUGGUGGAGGAAUUGCUUCCAAGAAGAUUGCUAUUCCACCACCGAGAUUAAUCAGCUCUACUGAACUUGAGGAGUUCCGGCCAUUCAUACAGUAUAGACGUGAUCGUCACACUGGCCAAACUUUUGAGGUUCUUAAUGGGCUAAUGCUCAAAGAUGGUUAUUUAUACAAAAAAGUAUCAACUGAUUCAUUAAGCUUCUGGGGUGUAAUGCCUUCAGAUGAUGAGCUCUUGAAGUUUGAAACUUCUAAGAAAGAAGAAUCUGAUUGUGAAGAGUGGCUUACCCAGCUUUAUGGUGAACAAAAGGAAAAAUGCAUUAUAAAGACUGACAAAUGUGGUGGGAAAGUCAAGGGUUCGACAAGCUCUAGCAUGGCAAGUAGUUUUGAAGUGCACGAUCUUGUGUUUUUCAAUCCAAAGGGUUUUGGGGUUAUUGUAGGCACAGAGAAUGAUGAUAACUUCAAGAUUUUAAAAGAGGGUCCAGAAGGACCAGAGGUGGUGACUGUUGAACUGAAACAGUUGAAGAAUGGGUCCUUCGACAAGAAAUUCAUUGCACUAGAUCAUCACAUGAAAACAAUAUCAAUUAAUGAUACUGUCAAGAUUUUGGAAGGUCCAUUGCAGGGUCAGCAAGGGAUUGUUAAGAAAAUUUAUAGAGGAACAAUGUUCUUAUAUGAUGAAAAUAAACAGGAAAACAGUGGCUAUAUGUGCUGUAAAUCUCAGAUUUGUGAGAAAAUUAUACUUUCUGAUGACGCACGUAAUGGAAAGGUUGUACGUCUUAUUACUCAAGUGUACUAGGUUUUUUCCCCCCCUUUUCUUUCUAAUGUAUUGUUCUGUUUUAAUCAGGGUGGUAAAUCAGGGCCUCCAGCCAUUGACAAUUUCUUGGCAUGUCCUAAAUCCCCUCUGUCACCUAAAAAGCCUCAGAAAAUGAGGGAAAAUAACAGCAACUUCAACCGAGAGGAUAAAGAUGGAAUUUUCUCUAUUGGUCAAUCAUUGAGAAUUAGAGUGGGUCCUCUGAAGGGAUACCUGUGCCACGUGUUGGCUGUACGUGGUUCUGAUGCCACAGUAAAGCUUGAUUCUCAGCAGAAACUUCUUACAGUUAAAUGUGAGCAUCUUUCCAAGGUUCGUGGAAAGCAUUCUGCCAUUUGCUUGGGUGUUGAUGCAGAAUCUACAAAACCAUUUGAUCUGCAUGAAAAAGACUGCUCCGGAGAUCGGAUGGCGGGAGCUGGAACAUUAGUGAAGGUCAAAAGGUUGGUUGCAGGAGGACUGUCUACAGAAAGGAGCUCUUGUCCUGCUUUCCCAUCUUCAGGCGUCUCGCUUCUGCCAGAAUCCAGCUUUGCAAAUCCUCUUAAUUCUGUUGAUAAAGGAAGGAAUGCUACUAAAAACCUGACAAGCAGCUGGAGUAAAGCAACUGCUGGUAAAAACCCACUGAGUUCUCGGGGCAAAGGAAAAUGUGAUGGAAAUGAUUUAUCUAUUUGGAGAAAAGCAAUUGAUUCAGUUGAUAAAGGCACUGGUGAGAAAAUUCCAGAAGGUUCAUGGGGCAAAGCUGCAGAAAAGUGGAGCGAUAUAGAGGGUUUUAGUGGAAGCAAGGCAGCUUGGAAUGGUUCUCUUGCUGAACCCAGGAAUCAAAUUGUGGGAUGGGGUAAUGCAGGUGGGAAUAUAGGAGAUGAGUCCAAAAAAAUGACAGUUCAAAAUGACAGUUGGUGUAAGCCAUUGGGUGGGAACCAAGGAUUUGGUGGUUGGAACAAAAGUGGAAUGGGAAAGGAGGGUGGCACAGAUCAACGAGAAAGAUGGGUUAGGACAGAAACAUUUGAUAGAGGGCGUGGUUCAGGUGGGAGAAGGGGAAGAGGAGGCAGUCGAGGAGGCAGAGAUCAAGUUGGCAGAGGAAGAUCAUUUGCUCGAGGCCAGGUGGGAGUUCCGGAAGAUUCUAGGGGUAAAGCUGCGGAGAAGUGGAGCAGUAAAGAUGGGGCUAGCGGAACAAAGGCAAUCUGGAACCAAGGCAGUAAAAAUGGUUCUUGGGGUAGUUUUGAAGGAUCUUCAUGGAAUAAACAAAGUGGUGGAUCUUCUUGGACUAAGCAAACUCAUGUGAACACAGGAGAUGAGUUCAAUGAAAGGACAGAUCAAAAAUACAAUUGGGUUAAGCCAUUUGUUGGGGACCAAGGAUUUUCUGGUUGGAAGAAAAAUGGGAUGGGAAAAAUAGAGGACACAGGCCAACAAGAGAGCUGGGAUAGGACAAAAACAUUUGAUGGAGGGCGUGGUUUAGGUGGGAGAAGGGGAAGAGGAGGUAGGCAAGGAGGUAGAGAUCAAUUUGUCAGAGGCAGAUCGUUUGAUCGAGGAGGAUAUGGAGGUAGAGGUGGAUCAGAGAAAGGAGGUUUUCGAGGCAGAGGUCAAUCAAACAGUGGAGGGUAUGGAGGCAGAGGUGGAUCAGAGAUAGGAGGUUUUCGAGAUAGAGGUCGAUCAGACCGUGGAGGCUAUGGAAUUAGAGGCAGAUCUGAUAGGGGAGGCUUUCAAGGUAGAGGAAGGUCAGAAAGGGGAGGUUUUGGAGGCCAAGGCCAUGGGAGGAAGGAUCAAAACGAUGAUUGGCGCAGCAAAAAUGAUUUUGUUGAGAGAUGGAAGAGUAAUGAUAGUGGAGGCAGAUGGAACCAAGACAAUGGUAACAGGGGCCAAAUUUGGAAUUCUGGUUGGAAUCCAUCAAAAGGAACUCUGGGAAGUGGAGCUGCUAAUGGCCAAGCUGGUGGGUGGAACCAAGGAACUACUGACUCUGCUAAAAGAUGGAGCACCAGCUGAUACAUGGGGCAAGGCCAAUGAUGGACGUGGCAGAAGAGGCCAAACUCUCAAAGUAAUUACAUUAUCUAGGUAUAAUUGCAUAUUUGGUUUUUUUAUACUAGUGCCCAUUGGUAGAUUUCAAACUUUCUUCAAGUCUAACUGUCAGUUUUUAAUUAGAAGUAACAGAACUGUGCUUUUUUUUCUUUUUUCUUUUUUUGUGGCCUUUUAUCGUUCAUGUUUAGUUUCUCUAAAUUAAUUAU